CCUUCUUAUUUUGGAUUCCAUUCAAUAAAUUCAGUUGCGAGUCCACCCGAGUUGCCUUCAGUACGGGCCGGCAAGAGGCAAGUGCCUUCCCUCGAGUUGUAUGACUAAUAAAUAUCUGGUUGUUCGAAGAUAAAUGUGGGUGAAGAUAUCAGGUAUCACGAGCAGGCAUUAUGGAGCACAACACGCCACUAGAGACAGCAUGCAUUAUGGAGGCAGAGGUUGUGUGUGUGAAAGCGGAGCGCGGAGAUGUGUGUGUGAAUGCAGAGCGCAGAGAGACGUGUGUGAACACGGUGCCCAGAAAAGAGUGUGUGAAAACAGAGCCCGUAGAGGUGUGUGUGAAGACAAAACCCAGAGAGGUGUAUGUGAAGGCAGAGCCCAGAGAAGUAUGUGUUGAGACCGAGCCCAGAGAGGUUUGCGUGAAGAUGGAACCCAGAGAAGUGUGUGUGAAGACUGAGCCCGGAGAGGUGUGUGUGAAGACAGAACCCACAGAGACAUGUGUGAAUACGGAGCCCAGAGAAGUGUGUGUGCGACCAGAGCAGGGAGAGGUGUGUGUGAAGAUGGAGCCUGGAGAGGUGUGUGUGAAGGAGCGGGAGUGCGAUGGCGUUGCGGGCUCUGAUGUUGUGAGCGCGGCGGCCGCGCAGGCCAGACUGUAUACAGACCAUGAGGUCAAGGACGAGCUUGUGCUGGGCCCCGAGGAGUGGCAUCGCCCUAAAGUGCUUCCAGUGUGUUCGGACGGCAGCGCCGCCCGCGCCGGGGAACAGCUCGCGAUGACUGGUCACAGUGGAGACAAACCAUAUGAAUACCAGAGGAUACACACCAGAGAGAAACCAUUUUAUCAAUGUAAUUACUGUGAUUAUAAAACUCGUAAAAAACAACACUUACAAAAUCACCUAACAAUACACACUGGCAACAAGCCUUGCAAAUGUAGUAAUUGUGACUACAAAUGCAGAGAUAGUUCCUUGUUACGAAGACACGUGAGGAAACAUACUGGCGAGAAGCCUUUUACUUGUAGCCACUGUGAUUAUAAAUGUACUCUGAAAACAAACAUGCAAUCACACCAGAUGAUACACACAGGAGCUAAGCCAUAUAAGUGUAGCGUUUGCGACUACAGGUGCACGCGUAAAGGAAACCUGAUAAUACACCAGAGGGUACACACCGGAGAGAAACCGUACGCAUGUAAUUAUUGCGAUUACAAGAGCAGUCAAAAGUCAACCUUACGUACACACGAAAAGACACAUACUGGCGAAAAGCCUUUUCAGUGUAAUCACUGCGAUUUCAAAUGCAGUCGGAAAUCAGAUUUAAAUAAACACCAGAUGAUACACACUGGGGCAAAGCCAUUUCAAUGUAGCUACUGUGAUGAUAAAUUCAGUCAAAAAUCACACUUAAAAGUACACUUGAUGAUACAUACUAGAAAGAAACCAUUUGAAUGUAACGAUUGCGACUACAUAUGCAGUCAGAAGAAGCGCCUUCUAGAUCACCAACGAAUACACAACGGAGAGAAGCCGUACACAUGUAGUCAUUGCGACUACAAGUGCAAACACAAGUCAAACUUACGAAGACAUGAAAGGAUACAUACUGGCGAAAAGCCCUUUCAGUGUAGCCUCUGUGAUUUUAAAUGUCGUGAUAAAUCAAACCUACGACGUCACCAAAAGGCGCAUACUGACGAAGCCUAUUAACCAAAACAACUACAAGUACAGCCUGAAACUGUACAAGAGUUUGGUGAAAAGUAAUUUUAAGGGACACAACAUUAAGAGGGAAGAAUUGCUUUGCGAUCCUAACGAAAUAACGGUACUUUUCUAUGAAAUUUCCAUUUCGGGAGAAAACCGUUUCCACUAAGUAAAUCUUAACAAAUCA